GCAGAGGGCGCAUAGUCAUAUCAUGCCCAAUGUGCCGACACCUACACUACCUGCCGGGCGGUGUGGAGUCUCUGCCCAAGGAGCCUGUCAUCCUAAGAAUCUUGGAUCACCUGAAGAUUGUGAAGGGUCUGAAUCUGCCGUGUACAGAUUGUCCUGAUAGUAACCCUGCCAUGUCCAAAUGUGAUGACUGUGUCGCCUUUCUCUGUCAAGAAUGUCUGAAUGCCCACAAAAGAGUUAAGACUCUGCACGAUCACCAUACUGUCAGUUUUCAGGAAAUGAAAGAAGGACCAAGUAAAACCUUCCACCGUGUUCAUAAGUGUCCACAACAUCACCAACCUCUACAGUUCUAUUGCAACACCUGUGACAAGAUCGUCUGCGUGUCCUGCACUGUAGUAGAACACAAGGAAGGGAAGGGGCACAACGUUGUUCCCGUUGAUGACGCACACCAAGAGAGGGCAAAGUCUAUUGAAGACACCUUAACCAAGCUGGAUCAGAAGGCAGAGAAACUUCUGGAAGCAGAAAAAGAUCUCCAGAAAAGAUACUCAGGCAUAGAGGAGUCAACAAAGGCUGCUGUGGUUGACAUCAACACAGCAAUUGACAAACUGAUGGAUGAAAUACAGCAGAGGAGGGCCAUCCUGUUGUCCAAAGUUGAAGAGAAGUCCAGCAACCUUCUGAAGCUGACACAGGAGGAACUGGAUUCCACCAGAACCAUUCUGACUAAGGUGACAUCAUCUACUGAGUACACAAGACAGAUGCGGGGUAAAGCUGACAAGAUAGAGGAUAUACAAGUGAUGGAGUCUUCAGCUGCCACCUUGAGCGCCCUGUUGGAGUUGUCGCCAAAGGCAUCACCGGGAAGAGCUGGAGUCAGCUUUUCUUCAACUUGCUUCAGCAAAAUUAGCACCUUCGUGAAGAUGGCUGGUCUUGUCAAAUCAGUUGUAUUUACACCGAUUGAGAAUUCAAAUCCAGAUGGAUCCCCAUACAAUGCAAUCACCUUUGAACACGAGCAAGUCCCAGAAGCUGCAUAUAUGACUGGGCUGCCUUUGGAUGCAAAAGGAUCCAUCUCAUGUGUGGAGCUGGAAUGGGACUCCAGUACUGCAAGUGACGAGUUGACAGUUUCUGGUCCAGUUGUCUCUAAUGACAAACAGAAACAGCCUCCACCAAACACUGGAUGCCGAAUAGUUUCAUCUCUAAGCCUCCUGACAUCAACACCUCUCGUCAUCAGGACAGGCCAGACCAUCAUGUAUGGAAUGGAGGUUACCUACUGUGUCAAAACACCAAAGAUUUGGAAGAGAGUUCUUUUCGAAACAGUUUUGAAUGACAGCCCUGUUGAAACGAGCAAGCAGCAGACACGUGGAUUGAAUGUCUGUCUUGUUACAUGCGCAGAUCAUAAUGGAAUAUGUCUGAAGGUGUACUACAAUGGACAACGUCUGACGGACGACCACCUAACAGUCUACGAGCAAGACACAGUUUACAGCCUGGAUUUGGGGUUCGUUCUUGAACAGGAAACAGCUAAAGUCCAUGUCCUGGACCUCAGUCACCAGAAACACGACUACCUUACAGUGUACGAGCAAGGUGCAGCUUACAUCCUGGAUUUGGGGUUCGUUCUUGAAGAGGAAACAGCUACAGUCCAUGUCCUGGACCUCAGUCACCAGAAACUUGUAACAUCUGUAUCUCCGUUCCCGUAUGAUAAACCACUCUGGUGA